UCACUGAUCAGCCAUUGAUCUGUAAAUGAUUGAUCUGAGGUCAGCGUUUCUCACUGAACGACCACUCAGUGACCGAUCAGUCGGCGCAUAAUCGUUUCUUCAUCUUCAUCGGUGUGUACUCUGAGGAAGAGGAGGACUGUUUCCUGUAACAUGACUGAAGGUAGCAGCGCUCUGCUCAGGAGGCUGCAGCAGCUGCAGUGUCACUUCACCUGGGAUCUGAAGAAGGACGUGGACCUGAAGAACCUCAGCACUCGACUACAGGACCACAUAAAACUGCAGCUCGGCCAGCGCGGGGCAGUGGCUCGAUCAUACAGCUUCUUGGCUUAUGUCAGGUAUCUUCAGAAUCAACGAGAGGAAGCGCUGUCACUUUUAAACCAAUCAGAGGAGACCAUCAGGGAGCGUCAUGGGGAUGAGAGUGAGAGGCGGCUCAUUGUGACGUAUGGAGACAUGGCCUGGCUGAAAUAUCAUGCUGGAGACUUUGCACAGUCACAAAGCUACUGUAAGAAAGUCGAGGACAUACUGGUGAAAUAUCCCACUGGUUCAUCAGCAAGUCUCCUUCCAGAGGUCUACGGAGAACAAGCCUGGACCUACCUCAAGUUGUCAAAAUCUUACUACUUACAAGCCGUUGACAGUUUUCGUAAAGCACUUGAGAUACAGACUGAUGACAUUGAGUGGAAUGCUGGCUACGCCAUCGCCCUCUUUCGCACAGAAGAGUGGGUUUUAGAAAAUUUACAGGAAACUGAGGAGCCUCCAUCCAUCAAACAGCUUCACUUUGCCCUGGAGCUCAACCCCGAUGAUGCUGUUCUGCAGUCCAUGCUGGCCGUGAAGCUUGGAGCCUAUAAGAAAUACAAAGAGGCUGAGGGUCUGCUGAAGAAAGCACUGAAAACUGAUCCUGAUAACCCUCAUGUCAGCCGCUACGUAGGAAAAUACUUUCGUAAUCAUCAUCAACUGGACGAGUCUAUUGAUCUGUUGGAGCGAGCGUUGAAGAGGACCACCCAGUCAUCUUUCAUCCACCACCAGCUGGCGCUGUGCUACAAGAGGAAGAAGAUUGCUGAGCAGAGCCACAAGCCCUUCAGCAACCAAAGAGAGGUGCGGUGCUGGAGGCGCUGUUGUAUUCGUGAAUUUGAAAUGGCUGUUAAGAUAAAGCCGUCCUUUCAUCUUGCGUGGGCUGACCUGGCACUGCUGUAUGCAGAGGAAAGGAAUUUCAGAAGGGCAGAGGAGAUUUUCCAGCAGUGCUUGGUGAAGUUACCAGAGUGUGAUGAAAGCCUUUCUCAAGCUAUCCAUCAGCGCUUUGGUGACUUUCAUUACCAUCACAAAAGAAAUGAAGCUCAAGCCAUCGUUCACUACACCAAGGGUCUCCUGAUACCACUGAAGAAAUAUGAGAAGAAACUCUGUGCUAAGAAACUCAAGAAGAUCGCUGAGAGACGUCUGUCAAGGAAUCCGGGUGAUGGCGAAGCUCUCGCUCUGCUGGGUCAGGUGGCCAGAGCUGAGGGCAACAGGAAGGAAGCUGCUGAGUUUUAUGAGAAAGCUCUGAACUGUGACAAGGACAAUGAAGAGUACCUGUCUGCUCUGUGCGAGCUGCGCCUGGAACUGCAGUGAUCAUCCUCUAAUUAAUCAGGAUCAAUGCACCGCUGUUACAUCAUACUUCAGCCCGCUGAAUGUGGACUUGAUCCAUGUGCUUUCAGAACUGCACAACCUUAACAAAUGGGCCCUUCAUACCUUUCUGUUAGGUAUUAAAUUAUAAACCAUGAA